GUCGGUGUCUAGUUCCCGGCUGAGACUGCGCGGAGCCGGGCAGGAGGGACUGCAGAAUGGGCUGAGGCGGCGGCGGCGGCUGUCCGGACGAGGUUGAUUGAGGGGCGAAGGGCGCAGCACUGGUCCAGAGUCCUAAGACGCCUGGUUUGGGGAGUGGGUGGGACCGAGGUUUUCUUGGGCCCCAGGGCCUGACCUGCGACUGCAGCUUUGCUGGAACGUCAUAUUUGACGCAGGCAUGACUGGACGUAAGAACCUGGGCUUGAAAAUGGAGAUGUAUGAAACCCUUGGAAAAGUGGGAGAGGGAAGUUAUGGAACAGUCAUGAAGUGUAAACAUAAGGAUACUGGGCAGAUAGUGGCCAUUAAGAUAUUUUAUGAGAAACCAGAAAAGUCUGUCAACAAAAUUGCAACGAGAGAAAUAAAAUUGCUUAAGCAAUUUCGUCAUGAAAACCUGGUCAAUCUGAUUGAAGUUUUUAGACAGAAAAAGAAAAUUCAUUUGGUGUUUGAAUUUAUUGACCACACAGUAUUAGAUGAGUUACAACAUUGUCAUGGACUAGAGAGUAAACGACUUAGAAAAUACGUCUUCCAGAUUCUUCGAGCAAUUGAAUAUCUUCACAAUAAUAAUAUCAUUCAUCGAGAUAUAAAACCUGAGAAUAUUUUAGUAUCCCAGUCAGGAAUUACUAAACUCUGUGAUUUUGGUUUUGCACGAACGCUAGCAGCUCCUGGAGACAUUUAUACGGACUAUGUGGCCACACGCUGGUACAGAGCUCCAGAAUUAGUAUUAAAAGAUCCAUCUUAUGGAAAACCUGUGGAUAUCUGGGCUUUGGGCUGUAUGAUCAUUGAGAUGGCCACUGGAAAUCCCUAUCUUCCUAGCAGCUCUGAUUUGGAUUUACUUCAUAAAAUUGUUUUAAAAGUAGGCAGUUUGACACCUCACUUGCAGAAUAUCUUUUCCAAGAAUCCCAUUUUUGCUGGGGUGGUCCUUCCUCAAGUUCAGCACCCCAAAAAUGCAAGAAAAAAAUACCCAAAGCUAAAUGGAUUGUUGGCAGAUAUUGUUCAUGCUUGUUUACAAAUUGAUCCUGCUGAGAGGAUAUCAUCUACUGAUCUUUUGCGUCAUGAGUAUUUUACUAGAGAUGGAUUUAUUGAAAAAUUCAUACCAGAACUGAGAGCUAAAUUGCUACAAGAAGCAAAAGUCAAUUCAUUCAUAAAGCCAAAAGAGAAUUCUAAAGAAAAUGAAUUUAUGAAAGAUGAUAGAAAAACAAUUUAUACCAAUACACUGCUAAGUACUUCAGUUUUGGGAAAGGAAAUGGAAAAAGAGAAAAAGCCCAAAGAGAUCAAAGUCAGAGUUAUUAAAGUUAAAGGAGGAAAAGGAGAUAUCUUAGAACCAAAAAAGAUAGAGUGUGAAGGUGGAUAUUGUCAACAGGAUGCAGUUGAAAUUGCUCAUACUAUGUCUCAAUAUAUAAAACCUGUAAUCAGUGAACCACCAAACCCUGUCAAUCCCGGUACUAACUCUAUGGGCAUGAAAGACGAUCCACAUGCUGGAAGUAGUAUGGUGAUGCCACCCAUCAAUCUAACUAGCAGGAAUUUGAUGGCUUCAAAUCCUAAUUCAAAUCUCUCCCACUACAAUUCAAGGUUAACUGAAAGAGCAAAAAAGAGAUGUACUUCUUCACAAUCUAUUGGACAAGUUAUAUCUAAUAGGCAUGAGGAUACAGGUCCCACUCAAAGCCAAAUGGAGAAGAGUGUGUUUAAUGAGCAAACAGGUCAAAGUGACCAAAUGGCAAAUGGAAACAAAAGGAAGCUGAAUUUUUCCAGGGCUAACAGGAAAGAAUUCCAUUUGCCAGAAUUGCCUUUCACAAUACAGUCAAAGGAGAUGAAAGGAAUGGAAGUUGAACAGAUAAAAGUGCUGAAGAGGAAAUCAAAGAAAACAGAUUAAUCUAAAAUACCAACUUAAUGAAGAUCAAUAUCAA